UUGAUUUCUGCAACAAUUUUUUUUAUUUCAGGACAGGCUGGGGUUAAUCAACUUGGAGGCGUAUUUGUCAACGGCCGCCCCCUGCCAGACUGUGUCAGAAGAAGAAUAGUGGAACUAGCAUUACUGGGAGUACGGCCCUGCGAUAUAUCUCGACAACUUUUAGUAUCACACGGAUGCGUAUCGAAAAUAUUGACACGAUUUUACGAAACUGGAUCCAUAAGACCGGGAUCUAUCGGGGGAUCAAAAACAAAGUAUUACGGAAAAGGUUCAGCUCGUAACAGUAUGUGGCUGUUGCAGCAAGUGGCUACGCCCACGGUGGUAAAGAAGAUUCUCAAGUGCAAGCAGGAAAAUCCGGGAAUGUUUGCCUGGGAAAUUCGGGAACAACUGGCGGCCCAGAGGGUCUGUGAACCACACAGUUUACCCUCAAUAAGCUCCGUCAAUCGUAUCUUGAGGAACAGCAGUAUUUCGACGGUUUCCUGGCCAGAUCAUCAGGACAUCUUGCAGCAGCAGGGUGCCAUCCCCUCAAACCCAACAGACGUCAACGGCAUGACUGCAAAUGACCUUUAUGCAAAGCACAUGUCGGCUAUAAGCAAUCGCCUUCAGUACUACCCCACUAUGCAGGAUGCAUCGUACAUGAGUUCCAAAAUGUCCAUUUUACAACAGCAAUUGCACAUUAGCACCCCCAGCGACCCCCUAGUCGACGGUACCACAAGUGCAUGGUCAAACUUAGUAGUACCUUUCAAUCAAACUCCAACAUUUACCGAAAAUAAAAGCCGCACAUCCGGCGCGAUUAAGUCGGAAGUUCAGUCUCGAGAUGGAAGGACAAAGAAUCCUUAUUCUAUCGAAGAAUUAUUGAAGAAACCAACCAAAAAAUCCAAAACAAUUGAGACCAUUAGAAUUCAUUCGGAUGUUUUGCAACCUGUUGGAGCCCUGGUGCAUGUUGACGGUGCUGUUAAAACUACAGAUGGAGAAGAACAAGAAGCCAACGUCGAAUCGUAAUCGUAAUCAUUAUUUAAAUUAAUUUACUACAAAAGCUUUGUUUCCAAAAACAAAAUUAAUUGGUGAUAACGUUUGCGUAUUAAUUUUUAUUUUAGUGUACGUAGUAUAAUUACAAAUAGCUACGAGCAAAAUUGGUAUUAGUCUUCCGAAAAUGCAAGGUCGCUAAAUUUAUACGUUGGGGGAAGGGUGAAUUCUCGAGUUUUCACAACUCAUACAACUAUCGAUACUAUUUUCUUUAAAAGUUUACAUGUAUGCCAGAAAUUUCAGCAUUUAAGACAAUUA